GUGUGUGUGAGAGAGUGUGGCAUGCAAUAUUUUUCAUGUCACGUCAAGCAGUUUUCUUGAGGCGAAGAUGGAAUCAUGCAAUUGUUGUUAAUAUGGGGAGCCAAAUUACAUGCAUUCCGUGCUGUCUUUGCCAGUUUUAUACAACCCCCCCUUCUUUAAUUGUACUCUCAAGACUUGUGAGAAGUUGCAUCACCAUUGCAUCUAUCUCUCUCUCUCUCUUCUGAUACAUUCUGUGUUUCAGUUUGUUUUCUGUUUCUGAUGAGAUGAUGGGUAGGCCACCUUGUUGUGACAAAGCGAAUGUGAAGAGGGGGCCAUGGACUCCUGAGGAAGAUGCGAAGAUUCUUGCCUAUGUUGCCAGCCAUGGGAUUGGCAACUGGACUUUGGUUCCUCAAAAAGCAGGACUGAACAGGUGCGGGAAAAGCUGCAGGCUGAGAUGGACGAAUUAUCUGCGCCCUGAUCUCAAGCACGACAACUUUACACCCGAGGAAGAAGCGUGCAUUCUUGAGCUUCACAAGACGAUAGGAAGCAGGUGGUCUCUAAUAGCAAAGCAUCUACCUGGGAGAACAGAUAAUGAUGUGAAAAACUACUGGAACACUAAGUUGAAGAAGAAGCUCAAGAACAUGGGAAUUGAUCCCUUAACUCAUAAGCCUUUUUCUCAGGUAUUUGCCGAGUUUGGGAAGCUGAGUGGCCUCCCUAGUCCUAGUAACCAAAACGCCUUGCUCAAGAACACCAUAAAAAACGAGGCGCUUUUCGAACCAGAACCGCGUUCUUUUCCCACAAACUCCAGAUUUGUUAGCGCAGAAAUGAACCAACACCUCCAGAUCCAGAACAGCCCUUUGGUUCAUAAUUUCCCCCGAGAACCCAUUCAACCGCCGCACAGUUUCACCUCAUCCCAGUAUUGUUCUUCUUCAUAUGAACAACCUCUGAGUCAAUUCCUAACUUCUUCUUCCUCCACCCCUUGGAACGAGUUUAUCCUUCAAGAUCCUUGUCCAAUGGCAGACACAGAACUGCCAAGACAGGACAGCAAAUUCCCAGGAACAUUUUCCUCGGAUGAUCCUAUGACACCAUCGGUCCAAGGUGAGGCGGGGCCUAUUUGUGGCUUCACGAAUGAAGGCAUGAAUGAAGACAUUACUGAAGGCUUGACAGAUAAGUCUCAUGGAGAAGCUAGCUCAUCCAUGGCAGAGGAUUCUUUCGUGGAGAACAUCUUGGCUCGUGACAGGCAAAUGCAGUUAGAAUAUCCUCAACUUCUCGAUGGCUACUUCGACUAAUGAUAUUAUUAUCCUUGCUAUGACUGUAAUAAAGAAAAUUCUCCUGAUUUAUCUGACAUGUAAAAAUGAAAAAAAACAAGGAAAAGAAUACACACAAAUGCAAGACUCAAAGAUCAUUUUUAACUA